UGUCUCUAUCGUUUCUUUCAGAAUGAAUUAUCAGCCAUACUGACUACGGAAGGCUUUGAUUGUGAAUGAAUAAAGGCAUGUCUGCUUCGGAUAUUACAAUACAGCUUGUGUUUUACUUGAGCAAAUAAAAUAAAUACUUGAGAAUCGAAUUGGAAUGGCUGACGAAGAAACAUGUAUCAUCGAAAACGAAAUUCGGUUCACAGUAGAUUUAAUUCCCACAACUUUAACAUUGACCAUCAUCAACUUGGUCAUUUUGGCUGGAAAUAGUUUAGUUAUUAUUGCAGUAAUUACAACAAGAAAGUUACGAACAAAUACGAACACAUAUAUAGUGUCUUUAGCAUGUUCAGAUAUUUUGUUGGGAAUUUUUGUGAUUCCUUUCUCGGCAUCAUUAGAAAUUUUGACAUAUUGGCCGUUUGGUGAAGUAUGGUGUAGUAUAUGGCUAGCUAUAGACGUUUUGCUGUGUACCGCUUCCAUUUUAAAUUUGUUAGCCAUAAGUUUUGACCGAUACUUAGCUGUAACUAAGCCUAUACAGUAUGCUAGUGCUAUGUCCAGACGUCGGAGUAAAGUACUCGUGACUUUUGUAUGGCUGUUAUCCUUUGUAAUAUGUAUCCCUCCGUUAUUAGGAUGGAAUGAUAAAACUUCAUAUUCAAAAGAAACUCAAACGAGAAACCUAACAACUUACGUUAAUAGCAAUUUUUCAUCAUGGGUGAAUAUUGAGCCUGUCGUCUGCAAUAAUACAGCGCCACAGUGCGAACUCAUAUCUACCCAAGGAUACAGGAUCUAUUCUGCUUUGGGUUCAUUUUAUAUUCCAAUGUUUUUAAUGGUUUUCUUUUAUUGUAAGAUUUAUAAAGCUGCAGUUCGAACAACAUCGGCAAUUCGAACGGGAAUUUUAACCGCAAAACAAAACGAUGAUCUUAAAAAUGAUGAUCCGAUAAUCCUACGUAUUCAUAGAGGAAAUUCAGUUGUUUCAAGAUCAUCGGCUUCGUCUCGGUAUUCUCAAAGGACUGGUUCUUUAAGAAGUGCUCUACGUAAUACGGGAGAUAGGUGUACCCGUAAUAGACAUUGUGUUUAUUCCGAAUGUAACCCGAACGGCGGAAUUCCGAGUAGUAAAGAAAUUGAAAGAAUGCAAUCGAAACGAUUAUAUUUUGAAGAUCCAGGACCGGAAGCUGGAAAAGAACCUUUGGAAUAUAUAAAACUAAACAAUAAUACAAAAACUCCAGAAGAUAGUCCAUUUAUGAAAAGGAGGCGAUCUACUCCAUUUAUAUACGCUAUGAAUAAGAGAAGUAUGGAAUCAAGAUCAUUGGCUACAGUACCAGAAGGUCGUCAUAGUAAUAGAAUUCAUAUAAGAAAAAUUUUGAAAGAAACAAAAGCUACCAAAACGGUUGCCAUAAUUGUUGGAGUGUUUACAAUGUGUUGGUUUCCAUUCUUUACGAUGUAUCUAAUAGAGGCGUUUUGGGGAACACGUGUUCCUUCAUUGGCAUUUUCUGUGAUGUUUUGGUUAGGUUAUUGUAAUUCUAUGUUAAAUCCAUUUAUAUAUGGGAUGUUUUCCAGAGAUUUCCGCUGUGCUUUUAGACGGAUUCUUCGAAGAACUUGUUAUAAAUGUUGUAAGUGCAAAUGUUUUAAACGUCCAAAGAACGUGAUUGUUCACAAACAUCAUCUUGGAUUCCCGGUGAUUGAUUUUGAAAGCACAUCCGAAUCGUAAUAAGGGUCCAGAAAAUGGAGUAAUGUUUAACAUUGGAUCUCACGAACAUUUGUGAAAAUCCAAGAGCUCUAAGUGAACUUCUUUUGUAUAAAAAUAAAAAUUAGAAGAAAAUUUCUAUAGAUUAAUGAGUCAUUGAAAGAAUAUUUUGCGUCUAUAGAAUAAGUAAAAUAUUGUGGAAUACAAACCCUGCUUCCUCUGCUUAAAACUUCACAAGACAUAUAUGCAGUAACUAUCAGUAAGUUAAAAUAUUUUGAUUUUAUUCAAUCCAUUUUGCAAGAUUAAUAAUUACAUUUCAGAAAAGCAGUAAAAAAUAUAAGCAUACCACUGUGAGUUUUACCUUUGUAAAAAUAAGAUGAUAUAAGAAAACUUUUAAGUCUAAUAUGGCGAUAACAGGCUCUGCCGUGAAAAGGAAAAAAUUCCCUUAAAAACAAUCAAUUCAAUCUAAAUCUUUGAAUUACUAUAUUUCGUUUUAAAUGCAUGAGUUAAUUGAAAAUACAAUUGUUUUUUUUUUCUUCUUCCAUAUUCUUAAAUUUCAAAAUUAAGUAGUUUUGUAAAUCAAAUAUCGACUUUCAGAUGUUUACACGACAUUGACACUUUUGUGUUAGUUUGGGGUUUAUCUUUCAUAUUUUAUUUAGAGCCUUCGAAAGUUCGAUCGAAUUUACUGUAAAACUAUACACCAACAUUGGUCACGUAUUGAAAUCUCAUUAUUUAAUACUUAGAUAUCCUAGAAAAAAGGUAAAACGCAAUUUUAGUUCAUUGAUAUCAAUUUCGACAUGUUUAUGACAUGAUAGUGACAUCACAAUCGAAAUUUCUGCUAUCAGUUAGAGGAGAUAUGGUUAUUAGUAAAUGAGGCAGCAACAAAACGACAUAAAAAUCAAAAUUAUCUUUAUUAUAUUAUCAACCUAUAUUUCUGUAUAUAAAGCGUUUGUAAAACUAUUACUUCGUUAUGUACUUGGCUUUCCAAAGUUUCGAACCUUCUGUUCUGUUUUGGCUAAUUUGGUUUUGAUGUGCUCCCGUGUUUAAUCUUCUUGGCGUUCUAAAGUUUCGAACCUUUUGUUCUGUUUUGCCUAAUUUUGUGUUGAUGCGCAUCUGUGUUUAAUGUGAUUUUGCGUUCAAAAUCUUAGUACAUUUGGUUCUGUAACGGCUAAUAUAGGUUUGAUGAGCUUCGAUGUUUAAUGUAAUAGGCGUGCCUGCAGCGAAUUUCGAAUCACGCGGUGUGUGCACUGGAAUAGGCUGCAUAUAUUUUUGUAUCACACAAUGUUCUACACCGUUCUCAAUGUAAAGCUGACCAUGCGAUAUGUGGGUUUUUGUCGUAUUUGGAUGCCGUACUGUUGCCUUUAGUUGCUUAAAUCCACUUCGUUUGAACUUUGGUAUUAUAGUUGCCUCACUGAAAAUCAUACCACAUCUAUCUUUUUUUUAUCUUGGUAUUGAAACCAAUCGUUGUUGCCAAUUUUAAACUUAUG